AUGAACUGCUACAUGCUCAUAAUAUGGGUUCUCUCCACGCUGGUGGAUGCCUCUACCGACAGUGGCGAGACCAUCAACAUUUCCACCACGCCCAUCAACGACACCACCCAGGCCGCAACAGUGUUACUGCCCGACAACGUCUUAGCGAGCCUGAGCCCCAUGUUGGACAUGUAUCUUCCGCCGGCCGUCAGAGAUUUUCUAGUGUCCUGUCACCGAGCACUCACCAGCUGGCUCGGCUUUGAUCCCACGAUCCUGCUUUCUCUGGGCCCUAUCGUAUGGGCCGCCAAAAGACUCUGGUCCGAGAUGAAAGUACUUGUGAUCGACGACAUCAUCUGCAACUGGUUCACCGCCAGGGUCGAGGUUGGCGACGACGACCCCAUCUUCAUCCACAUCAUGCGCUGGGUCGCCGUCCAGCCCAACUCGGCCAAGACGCGCUUCCUCCAAGCGGACACCAUAGCCGGCAGCGCCGACGACCAUGAUGAGGAUGAUGAAGCCGGAGCCGUAGCUGCUGCUGGAGCUGCGGCUGUCAAAGAUGCUGGUACUACUACUACUACCACCAACACCAACGCCAGCACCACGAGCACCACAAGCACCACAGGCACUGCCGCAGACCCUUCCAACAUCACGGCCACCACCACCACCAGCAAGAAGAAAAAACAAGCCCCCAUGCUCCUUCCCAACGGCGAAGUCUGCCUCAACUUCUCCACGCACAAGCACCAAAAACCUCCCCGCUUCCUGCCGGCAGUCAACGUGCCCUACACGUUUUCCUUUGGCGGGACCUACUUCUGGCUGAACCGAACGCGGUCGCACAUCGCGUCGCAGUCGGAGUGGCGCGGUCUCUCGAUGCGCAAGGAAGAGAACCUUAUCAUCACCUGCAUCGGUUUUUCCGCGCGGCCCAUCAAGGACUUCAUCCAGCUGACCAAGGAAUGGAACCACAACCGCCAAGCAGCAACGACGGUGGUGCGGCGCCCCUCGCGGCCAGAGAUGCGAUCGUGGGGCGGCCGGCACGCGUGGGCCGAGGUGGCGGAUCGGCCUAUUCGGCCCAUGGAUACCGUGGUGCUAGACGAGAGGCAGAAGCUGAUGGUGUUGCAGGACAUGAACGAGUAUCUGCAGAGGGAGACGGCGCUGUGGUAUGGCGAGCGGGGGAUCCCGCUGCGCAGGGGGUAUCUGUUCCAUGGACCGCCGGGCACGGGAAAGACUAGCUUGAGCUUUGCGCUAGCGGGCGUGUUUGGGCUGGAUAUCUUUGUGAUUUCGUUGCUGGAUCAGAAUCUGACAGAGGACGAUCUGGCGCUGUUGUUCACGAACUUGCCGAGACGGUGUGUGGUGCUUUUGGAGGAUAUCGAUACCGCGGGACUGGUGAACAGACGGGAUGCAGAUGAGAAGAGUGACAGUAGCAGUAGUAGUAGUGGCAGUGAUGGUGAUGGUGACGGGGAUGGGAGCAGUACUGAUAGUGAGGAUGAUUAUAUAGUGAGCGAGAAGAAGAGGGCGCUGGAGGUGCUGCAUCUGGGGGGCAAGUUGGCGAGGUGGAAGAAGAAGGAAAAUAAGGGGAAGAAGGGGAAUGAGAAAGGGAAGGAGACAGAGGCCCUCGAGAAGGAGUUAAAGGAGAAAGCGGCUGAGUUAGAAGAGAUGCUUAAAGAUAAGGAGGGGGGGAGUGAUGAGGAGAAGAAAAAGAAGGACGGUGAGAAAGAUGAGGCUGAUGCUGAUGAGAAGGUUACUACUGACCAAGAGAAAGUUUGUACUGACGCUCAGGAAAGUACCACACCUGAAAGGGCAGGAGAGAAGAGGUCUCCUACCUCGACAGGCGAUGAUGAUGGCGGUGAGAAAGGGGAGAAGCCGACAGAAACCACCGACAAGAAAAAGAAGAAGAAAACCAUGACGGCCAGUGAGAAAAAGGCCAAAAAGAAGCAAAAGAAAAGAAAAAAGGCAAAGAUGCUCGCUGCCGAGGUUACCCGUGACAUCGAGUACAUCGGGAGACAGUACAGUCGCAGACGUGCCUCCCCAUACGACCGCGAACGGGGUAUUUCGCUAUCAGGUCUGCUCAACGCCAUCGACGGCGUGGCCUCGCACGAAGGCCGCGUGCUCAUCAUGACGACCAACAAGCCCGAGAAGCUCGACGAAGCACUGCUCCGACCGGGCAGGGUGGACCUCCAGAUUGCCUUCCUCAACGCCACGCAGGAGCAGGUCAGGGAGCUGUUUGAGAGGAUGUACGAGGCUGAUGUGGUGGACCCAGCAACAGCGACGGCGGUGACUUUUACCAAGGUUGGGAAUAAACUCACGGCUAGCACCACCACCACCACGGCGGCAGCUACUACAUCGCCUUCGGUCGUUCAUUCUUCUCCUCCUCGUACAGAGAUCACUUUAUCCCCUGGCAUCGCUGCUGCUACCCCAAGAUCGUCGACCUCAAACUCCUCGACGACGACAAUAACAACAACAACCUCGGCAAGUCCUCCAUCCGAGCUCCAAAAGAUCGCCAAGCAGUUCUCCCUCAGGAUCCCGCCGACGCAGAUCCUCAGCCCGGCGGAGAUCCAGGGAUUCCUGCUAAGACGCAAGAAGGACCCGCGGAGAGCGCUGGCAGAGGUGGAUAAGUGGGUGGAGGAGCUGGUAAAGGCGAAGGAGAGUAAGAGCAAGAUUUUGGAUGCUAAGGCUGUUUGA